GGUUAACAAUAGAGUGAGUGAGUGAGAGAGUGAGAGAGAGAGUGUGUGUGAGAGAGAGAGAGAGAGAGAGAGAGAGAGAGAGAGAGAGAGAGAGAGAGAGAGAGAGAGAGAGAGAGAGAGAGGACCGAACACAAGCGCGAGCUGCUCUCCAUGCCUUCAGUCUAGCGGAACGGGCGAUGGAUGUGAGAUUUUACCCGGCACCUCCUUCAAGCGUGGGCUCGUGUACUUUACCCACCGACACCAGCCUCUCCUCCCUGGACUAUUACCACUGCAACAAGAACAGAUACAGUGUAGGAGAUCGAGGUGUUAGACUGUACAGCGCUUUACCUGUGAGACCUGACCCUGAGGGAAAACGACUGCCCUCUGUAGGGUUUGAUGGUGACAAUAUGUACAUGAGUGAGAACAACCAAGAGUUUCUCUCCCCGAGUCAGAAUUACUCAGGUCAGGGAGGGGGGACCGGGAAUGGAGGUGGUGGAGGUGAUGAGGAUUAUGAGAUUCCCCCUAUAACCCCUCCAAAUCACCCUGAGCCGCCUCUACUGCACCUGAUGGACCCUGAGUCUGGUUACCUGUGUCACUCUCUGCCUCACAACGGUCUGAUCAAUCCGUACUCUUACCCCGAGCUGCCCGCCCUGAUGAUGUCCAACAUGCUCGCCCAGGACGGCCACCUGCUGUCCAGUCAGAUGCCCUCGAUGCCGGCGUUUACGGGGCAAUCUGGCAGUCAUUACCCCCGUGCCCAUCACAGCCCCAUGCUAAACAGAUCUGCCCGGAUACUGCCCCACCCCAUGAGCGCCCUCUCACAGCUCAGCUCUCAGAUUGGUCAAGGCUCCUUUACCCACGGUUCCCCAUCAUCAUCAGGAAGUCAGUCAGCCACGCCCUCCCCCUCAAGCUCCGCCCAGGAAGAGGAAGCAAAAUACCACUCAAAGAUCACGGGUGAGAAGAGGCCUUCCUCUGACAUGAUGAAGCCCAAACCCAAACCUCAGAAGAAGAAGAAGAAGAAGGACCCCAAUGAACCACAGAAGCCCGUGUCAGCAUACGCACUGUUCUUCAGGGAUACACAGGCUGCCAUUAAAGGCCAAAACCCCAACGCAACCUUUGGAGACGUUUCCAAGAUUGUGGCAUCAAUGUGGGACAGUCUGGGAGAAGAACAGAAACAAGCAUAUAAGAGGAAAACAGAAGCAGCCAAGAAGGAGUACCUGAAGGCCCUGGCGGCGUACCGAGCCAGCCUGGUUUCCAAGAGCUACAAUGACCCAGUGGAGAGUAAAAGCUCUCAAUCGAGCCAACCUUCUCACAUGAUGCCCCCAAAUCCUUCUCUGUACAGCGUCCCACCUCAGCCCUCCUCCCCGUACCUGAGCCCCGGUCCCUUCCCUUUGUCAGACCUCCAGAGUUACGCCGCAGGAGCUCCCAGACACGGCCUGUCCCGAUCGGCCAUGCUGCCCUCGCUCAGUGCCUCGCCACCGGCAUCGUUUCAGAUCAGCCCUCCUCUUCAUCAGCAGCUCUCUCUGCAUCAGGGCUCCCUCCUCAACCAGCCAAUCCGCAUGCAACAGGUUCAGUCACAGCCAAUCAUCUCUCACCAGAUGGGUCUCCAGGCUCCGCUCCACUCCCCGCCUCCAGGACAGCAGGGAUUUUCUCACUUACAGUCCGAGUAUCAGAAAAGUGUGGGGGGAUCUCAGUCUCCAGGAGCUCCGAAUCCAGGGGGUCAGAACCAGGACUGGGACAGCGAAUACUGUAACCGGGAAUGUGGUGGAAACCACUGCAGUGGCAGUAUGAUAGGCAGGGACAAGCCGCUCUACCUCACUUGAAACAAAACAAGGAGACCAGAUGAACCAACACCAGGGAGUCCCAACCACCCCUCCCAAAUACCAUCAGUUUAACCUCAGUGUCAUUUUUCAUUCGUUUUUAGAGGGAUGUGUGUGUGCGCGUGUGUGUGUGUGUUCUGAGACUACUAGCGAUUCUUUCAUUUUUGCCGAGCACUUAUAAUGUACAGGCGUCUCUGUCAGAGACCUGCAGGAGCACACAAUCUGUCUCUGAAUACUGUUAACAGAAAAAAGACAAAAAAACAGAUGUAUAUAACAAAAAAGAAUGGCAAAAAAAUAGCAAACUACCAUUAAAGUGGCCCUCAGGGCAACAUGAGCUUUAAUUCAAACAGAGGACAAACUUUUCUCAUACUUUCUCUGUUACUUGUCUCGGUUUCAUUUUUAUCGUCCUUUUAUUUAUUUUCUGCUUGCAACAUUGCGCUUUUUUGUCCGAAAACAGGCUAUUUUAUUUCGACGACGAUGCUCACCUGCUCACGAUGCUCUGUGAAUUUUUGGUAGAAAGGGCAAAAAAUAUAGAAAGAAGUAAAAAAGCGAAAACCGAUAACUUCUUUUGUAAUUUUAAAGACCCUGUCGGUCUUUACCGCUCUGUCACAGUGUGAUUGUAAAUAUCACUUUUUUGAGGGUCAGAUUUGGAAGAUGAAGUCUAGAUAUUUUUUUCUUCUUUAAUAUGACUUAUAAUUCAUUGAUUUGUAUUUCAAAGGGUAUUUUGUGAAUGGGUGCCAGCGUGAAUGCGUGUGAAUGGGUGAAUGUGUUUGUGUAGCUGAACAGCCUGUGAUAUCAGAAGUGUUUUCACACGUACACAAUCUUGCAUUAAAAUCUGUGUGCACUGCUGAGAGAAAGAGAGAGAGAGAGAGAGGAAGAUCAAUGACAAAAGCCAUGACAAACUGCAUGACCCGGCUCUCCAUUUCAUCAGGCGUGUGGGAACCUCGAUUUCAGACUGACAUCACAGACGUAACGUUUUCCCAAUAGUGCUCACAACCAUCAGUUAAUUUACUCUCAGGUUAUAAACAUGACCACACAAAAAAGCAUCUUCAAACUUUACGUGAGUGCACGAUUGUCAACGCACUAUUAAACUGGAUGGAUCAAGUAGCUUUAAACAAACUAACGGGUUAACUAACUUUUCUUUGAACCUCUCAAACACAUUUUGCAAUGACACAUGACGUCGAGCACACACAACCGGACGCGUCUGCAUUCACAAACUUGUGCACAUUUUCAGGUCCUACUGUAUGGAGAGGUUUUGGGGGUCAUGUGUUUUGCCUGAGGUUAAAUCCAUCAAAAUAAGAUGAUGUAAAGAGGAACGAUGAUGUUCUGGAUGUGAGAUAUUACAGCACACAGUUAAACAACAGUGGGUCGAUAGUUUUCUAGUAGCUUUUGCUAGAUGUUUUAUUGUGUUGAUUUCAUCUUUUAAGUUCUGUGGGAAUAAACGAAAAUACAUUCGAUCAUUUAGUCAAGCGUUUUAUUUGAAUCUUUAUUUUCUACUGUAGCAUAUUAUUUUUUAGUUGAAUAAAAGAAUAACUUCUAAGACUUUUAAUUUGUGUACAAACCUGCCAAUUGUAGUUAUUUUAUUUGUAAAGUCAGCAAUGAUAAUUAUUUGAAAAAUGUUAUCAGCCCAUCAGUUAAUAUUUAAUAAUGUUUAACAGGUUUCUAUUUAUGAACAAAAUGAGAUCGGUUUUGCUUAUAACUACGAUAUUUGAAUUCUAUCGUUUUGUUCUUUUCGUUGUUGUUGUUUGUUUUGUUUUUUAUGAUGAUGAUGAUGAAGAUGAAGACAAUUGCUAUUUUUUAUUUACUUUUUGAAUGCUGGUUUAUUCUUUCAUUACCAGCCAGGUCAUUUUUGUGUCACUUUGCCUUUUUGUUUCUUUUUGUCCGUAAUAAAAACGUUAAAUGAGA